GAUCGAGUCCCGGGAGCUGAUGACGGUGAUGAGAUGCCUCGGGUCCAACCCCACGCCGAAGGAGGUCCAGAGACACCUGCUGAGCCACAACAUAGGUACAGGCGGCUGCGGGGAGCUGGACUUCUCCACCUUCCUGGCCAUCAUGCACAGGCAGCUCCAGCAGGAGGCGCCACAGGAGGAGGUCCUGCAGGCCCUGAGGCUCAUGGACCGGGAGCAGAAAGGCUUCGUCCUGGCUUCUGAGCUGAGGGCCAAACUCACCGGGACCGGAGAGAAACUGACCGACAAGGAAGUGGACGAGCUGCUGAGAGACGCCGACGUCGGAGCCGACGGCCGAGUCCACUGUGAGCACUUUGCUCAAGCAGUGAGCCGCCGCUGCAGCAGGCGCUGAGCGCAGAGCUCCGCCCCUCAGCGCCGGCGAGCCG